UCUCUUUUUGGUGUCCUGGGAAGAUUCUCAAUUUGCUGUCUCUGCGUUCUCCUCCAUUUUCUUAUCUGAAGGUCUUGAGGGAUUCAACUUUUCGACUCAUGCACUGGUUGACCAGGUCUUCUGGUGUGGGCAACCAUUAUAUCUGCUAGACUUUUCUGAAAAAAUCGACUUUAAAUUCAUGAUCUGUCAUCCAUAUCCUUAAACCCAUCCAAAUCCCAGUUCUUAAUUUGGCGUUUGUACCAUCACCAUCAUCAUCUGUUCUGCUUAUUCCCCUUAAAUCCCCACCUGGGUCUCAAAAUUUCGGUUCUAAUCUCACCUGGUUUUCAGUGUUUUUUGCUUAGUUUUUUCUGAAAACCCAUCAGGGUUUUUUUUUUCUGAAAUUUGGAUAUCAGGACUGUAUUUCUAUCAUUUUGGCUUUGUUUUCAUCGUCUCUUCUGCAAAUCCUCUUCCAAUCUCCAUCUGGGUCUCGGAGCUUUGAUCGAUUUUCCACUGUUUUCCAGUGUAUUUUACAUGGUCUUUUCUGAAAGCCCAUCUGGGUUUUUUUCCUGUAAAUUCAAUCCCACCGCUGGGUUUCUGACCAAAUCUUGUUCUGUGUCUAGCAGUUGAAAUUGGGCAGUAGGAAAAAAAAAUGGGUAUUUGUCUAAGCAAAGGCAAGAGGGGUUCAGAGCCAGCAUAUAAUGGGUAUGGAUCAGGAGCAGUUGCUGGAGGCGUUUAUGAUAGAAUCCAAGAACGCCCUGCUGCAGUUCAACAACCGCCCCACCAAUUACCCGAAAAGCGUGUACCAGCGGCACAGCCGCCGGUGAAGCCGCCCACGGUGGCCCCAAGUCCCAAGCCUGUUCUCAGGCCUGAUACCAUUCUUGGUAAGUCUUUUGAAGAUGUUAAAUUACACUAUACUAUUGGUAAGGAACUGGGUAGAGGUCAAUUUGGGGUUACAUAUCUUUGUACUGAGAAUUCAACUGGAUUGCAAUAUGCCUGCAAGUCUAUAUCCAAAAGGAAGCUUGUUACUAAGAAUGAUAAGGAGGAUAUAAGGCGAGAAAUUCAGAUUAUGCAGGAUUUGAGUGGGCAGCCCAAUAUUGUUGAGUUCAAGGGUGCUUAUGAGGAUAGGCUGUCUGUGCAUCUUGUUAUGGAACUAUGUGCAGGCGGUGAGCUAUUUGAUCGGAUUAUCGCCAAGGGGCAUUAUAGCGAAAGGGCUGCUGCUUCCAUAUGCAGGGCUAUUGUGAAUGUGGUACACAUUUGCCAUUUUAUGGGUGUGAUGCAUCGUGAUCUCAAGCCUGAGAAUUUCUUGCUGUCUACCAAGGGUGAAAAUGCGCUUUUGAAGGCAACGGAUUUUGGAUUGUCGGUUUUCAUUGAAGAAGGAAAGGUGUAUCGGGAUAUCGUUGGGAGUGCUUACUAUGUAGCUCCUGAAGUCUUACGGCGUAGAUAUGGAAAGGAAAUCGAUAUUUGGAGUGCAGGAGUUAUCUUGUAUAUUUUACUAAGUGGCGUACCUCCCUUCUGGGCCGAAACGGAGAAGGGUAUAUUUGAUGCUAUAUUGCAAGGACAUAUUGACUUUGAAACUUCACCAUGGCCAUCUAUAUCAAGCAGUGCCAAGGACCUAGUUCGGAAGAUGCUGACGCAGGACCCACAGAAACGGAUCACUUCUGCUCAGGUUCUAGAGCACCCAUGGAUUAAAGAAGAUGGAGAAGCAUCAGACAAGCCAAUAGACAGUGCAGUCCUUUCCAGGAUGAAACAAUUCAGAGCAAUGAACAAACUCAAGAAACUUGCACUGAAGGUCAUUGCGGAAAAUCUUUCCGAAGAAGAAAUCCAAGGGCUGAAAGCAAUGUUUACAAACAUGGAUACCGAUAAAAGUGGUACUAUAACCUAUGAAGAACUGAAGUCAGGAUUGGCUCGACUUGGGUCAAAACUAACAGAGGCUGAAGUCCAGCAACUCAUGGAAGCUGCUGAUGUGGAUGGAAAUGGCACAAUUGACUACAUUGAGUUCAUCACUGCAACAGUCAAUAGGCACAAGCUCGAAAGAGAUGAACAUCUGUUCAAAGCCUUUCAGUAUUUUGAUAAGGAUAGUAGCGGGUUCAUCACAAGAGAUGAGCUAAAAGCAGCCAUGAAAGAACAUGGAAUGGGAGAUGAUGACACCAUUGCUGAAAUCAUAUCUGAAGUGGAUACAGACAAUGAUGAUAAGAUCAACUAUGGAGAAUUCUGCUCAAUGAUGAGAGGUGGAACCCAACAGGGAUUGAAGGUUUUUUAGUCUCUACAAAUGGCUGUUUUUGCUGUUGCACUCGGCACAGUUGCAGCAUAAGCCAUCUCAGGAGGCUAUGUCUGUUUGCAGAAGUGGGAAUUUCCCCCCUAGGAAGUUGAAUAUGUGAAGGUUAUCAAUUUGUAUCUGUUUUCAUCAAAGUUGAGUGUAAGAUCUGUGCAUAGGACACUACUAGCUUUUUAUUGCUUGAACUUACUUUCCGGUGUCCUUUGAUUUCGUGGCUGUUGAUGUUAGAACUUAGAAGGCUUCCUGUGUAGUAGAAAUGAAGUGCAAGCAAAGUUCAAUUUCAAUCAAAGAACGUAAGCAUUUACAGAA